AUGCGCUGGGUGGGACUGGCCGGAUUGAAAACCAUGGCGUGGGUACCGGCCGAGUCUGCAGUGGAAGAGCUGAUGCCCCGGCUGUUGCCGGUGGAGCCCUGUGACCUGACAGAAGGCUUCGAUCCCUCCGUACCCCCGAGGACGCCUCAGGAAUACUUGAGGCGCGUCCAGAUCGAAGCAGCUCAAUGUCCAGAUGUUGUGGUAGCUCAAAUUGACCCAAAGAAGUUGAAAAGGAAGCAAAGUGUGAAUGUUUCUCUUUCAGGAUGCCAGCCUGCUCCUGAGGGCUAUUCCCCCACACUUCAGUGGCAGCAGCAGCAGGUGGCACAGUUUUCAGCUGUUCGACAGAGUGUGAACAGACAUAGAAGCCACUGGAAAUCGCAACAGCUGGAUAGUAACGUGACCAUGCCAAAAUCUGAAGAUGAAGAAGGCUGGAAAAAAUUUUGUCUGGGUGAAAGGUUGUGUGCUGAAGGGGCUGUUGGACCAGCUGCAAGUGAGAGUCCUGGAAUCGACUAUGUACAAGUUGGUUUUCCUCCUUUGCUUAGUAUUGUUAGCAGAAUGAAUCAGGCAACAGUAACUAGUGUCUUGGAAUAUCUGAGUAAUUGGUUUGGAGAAAGAGACUUUACUCCAGAAUUGGGAAGAUGGCUUUAUGCUUUAUUGGCUUGUCUUGAAAAACCUUUAUUACCUGAGGCUCAUUCACUGAUUCGGCAGCUUGCAAGAAGGUGCUCUGAAGUGAGGCUCUUGGUGGACAGCAAAGAUGAUGAGAGGGUUCCUGCUUUGAAUUUAUUAAUCUGCUUGGUGAGCAGGUAUUUUGACCAGCGUGAUUUAGCUGAUGAGCCAUCUUGAUGUCGCUGAUCCCUCGGGGCUGGAAGGGACUCAUGAUGAAGGCAGCCUGGUGUGAGGGAGCGCAGCGCCUCUUCAAGUGCAGAUUGCAUCACGGCUUCAGCGCUGCGCCCCGGGCUCCUCUUAACCUGUGCACCUCCGGUUGAUAUCCAGAAGAUAGAUGGUAUUGAUUUCAGUAUCUGAAGUAUCUUUGGAAAAUCCCACGCAGUUUUUGAUGAACAGUUUAAACAGUUUUCUGUAAUCACAUGCUUUUAAAACAAAUUUUGUGUCAUUUAUUGGUGAAGCAUCCUUCACAGAAACUCUAUGAUGACGUUUUACAGAGGCCCUUGGUGCUGUGUCAUUGUUAUUUACAUAUAUACAUAAAAAAUUUUAUUGAAAAUA